UCGACAAUAAUCACUCAUCGUCUGUUUUGUCUCUCUCUUCAGCCGCCACUCGCCUGAGUUUUUGUUCACAUCCUCCGAUUCCAAAGUUAUUUCCGCCUCCGAUUAAUCUAUGGAGAUGGAGUUUGAGUCAAGAUACGAUAUCAGCCGAACGGUAGAGUUCAUAAUCAGCAAAAGCUUUACCAGAAUAGCUUUACAGUUCCCAGAUGAGUUGCUGAAGGAAUCAACCAAGGUGGUGCGUGCUCUUAAGAGCAAACUUAAGGAGAUGAAUGGUGAAGAUGGCAGAGAAGUCAGGUUCUUUGUUAUGGCCGACACGACUUACGGUAGCUGCUGCGUUGAUGAAGUUGGAGCUUUGCAUAUUGAUUCUCAAUGUGUUGUCCACUACGGACAAACAUGUCUAAGCCCGACAUCGGUUCUUCCAGCAUUCUUUGUUUUUGGUAAAGCUUCGAUAAAUGUCUCGAGCUGUGUUAAGCAUUUGCUAGAUCACUUGUCUAAGAGCGAGAAGCCUGUUAUGAUUCUUUAUGGACUAGAAUAUGCUCAUGUGAUUCCGUCUAUUCAAGAAGAGUUAAGAGUAUCGAAGCCCGAGUCUAAGUCGAAGUUCUCUGUAGCCAAUGUCUUGUGUUCAUUCAUUAGUCCAUCCAAAGAUCCUAGAGAAUCCAUGGAGCAUCCAGUACCAUCUGGGGAAGAUAGCUUAUCCUCAUCUAGAAGCUAUACACUAGGAGGGUUAGCUUGGGACUUACCAGAAGGAAGCAAAAUCGAGGAUUAUUUACUUUUCUGGAUCGGUUCUGACAAUUCAGCUUUUGCCAAUGUAGUACUCACCUUCAAUGGUUGUGACGUAGUCAGAUAUGAUGCUGAAGAAGAUUCUUUGGUUACGGAGUUUACUCAACAGAGAAGGAUACUUAAACGACGAUAUUACUUGGUGGAGAAAGCUAAGGAUGCUAAUAUUAUAGGUAUUUUGGUGGGGACUCUUGGUGUUGCUGGUUACCUUCACAUGAUUCACCGUAUGCAAGCAUUGAUAUCUGCUGCUGGAAAAAAGUCUUACAUUCUUGCCAUGGGACGGCCUAACCCGGCCAAACUUGCAAACUUCCCUGAGUGCGAUGUUUUUAUUUACAUCUCAUGCGCCCAAACCGCUCUUUUAGAUAGCAAAGAGUUCAUGGCACCUGUCAUCACUCCAUUUGAAGCCAAUCUUGCAUUUAGCAGAGGGAGCGAAUGGACAGGUGCAUACCUAAUGCAUUUCCAAGAUGUGAUAAUCAACUCUUCAAAACCAGAAUCAGAAGCAGAGAGCGGGUCAGAGGAGGAGCCACGCUUCUCCUUCUUUCAGGGUGGUUACGUAGAAGAUCGCAAUACAAACGAUGAAGCUGAGAACGGUGAGGAAGACACAGGAGAGACAAUGGCGUUGGUACAAGCUGCAGAGAAAGCGUUGCAACUGAGAGGCAAAGACCAUCAUAACCAACUCGCUAAACAAACCGCUGCGAAAUCAGGACCUGAGUAUUUCCUCAACCGUGCUUAUCGUGGUCUGGAGUUAAACAGUGACAAUACUACGCCGGAGCCUUUCUUGGUUGGGAGAAGUGGCAAGGCUUCUGGAUACAAGCACGAGUAACGACUCUUUAAGAUGUUCACUAGGUCACAAAGUAACAUUCCUGCUUGGUCUUGAUAAUUUUGAUUGAUCAAGCCUGACCGAACAUUUUGAGUUUU